AUGAGUGCCACCAAGGCGGAGUCUCAAAAAAUAUUUGAGAAGCUCAAACUAAAGCCCGCAAACAAGAUCUGUUUUGAUUGCGGCUCCAAAAAUCCUACAUGGUCGUCGGUGCCUUUCGGUAUCUACCUGUGUCUCGACUGCUCGGCCCACCACCGUAACCUGGGUGUCCACAUUUCCUUCGUUCGUUCCACAAACCUCGACCAAUGGCAAUGGGAGCAACUUCGGCUUAUGAAGGUUGGUGGAAAUGAGUCUGCCACCAAGUAUUUCCAGUCGCAUGGAGGUUCCGCCGCCCUGGCUAGCAAGGACACUAAGGUCAAGUAUACUUGCAAUGCUGCCGUGAAGUACAAGGAAGAAUUGAAGAGGCGGGCUGCGCAGGACGCCGAGCAAUACCCCGAAGAGGUCGUGAUUACGGACGUUCCCGCUGGCACCCCGUCCAACGGCUCCAGCACGCCUGCCGGCGAUGCUGACGAUGACUUCUUCUCUUCCUGGGAUAAGCCCUCGAUCAAGCGCCCAAGCAACCCUCCCUCACGCACAGGAACCCCCCCGGUGGUUAGCCGCACUGCGUCUCCAUUCUUGAAUGCAGGUGCAAAUGGCUCGCGCUCCAAGUCUCCCCUUUCCGCCUCCGACAAGGAAAGCUCUCCUGCCCCCGCUGCUAUCAGGGCUAGCACGACUGUCCGGAAGACUACGACGGCUAGUUCCGCAAAGAAGGGCAGUGUGUUGGGCGCCAAGAAGGCACCCAAGUUGGGGGCUAAGAAGAUCGGCGCAGCUGAGGCCAUCGACUUCGAUGAAGCAGAAAGGAAGGCCAAGGAAGAAGCCGAGCGCAUUGAGAAGCUUGGAUAUGACCCUGAGGCUGAACAGGCCGAGGCCGAGGCCAAGGCUAAGAGUACGACUACGGGAGCUACGCCUAUUGCCGCCCCCACGCCAAUCAGCCCCAGCGCCGCCAGAAAGUCCCACGAGCGUAACUCUAGCGAUGUAGAGCGUCUGGGAAUGGGCAUCGGACGUCUAGGAUUUGGCCAGACUGCUGGUUCGAAACCUGCCGCUCCGAAGAAGCUGGGCUUUGGCUCGGUCGCUCCUGCUCGGUCAGCUGCUGAUGAGGAGGAACUUAGCCAGACCAAGUCCAGGUUUGGUGCCCAGAAGGGUAUCUCGUCUGAUGAGUUCUUCGGCCGUGAAAGAUUCGAUCCCUCAGCCCAGGCCGAGGCUAAGGAGCGUCUCCGCCAAUUCGAUGGCGCCACCUCUAUUUCCAGCAACUCUUACUUUGGCCGACCUGAAGAUGAUCUCCCCGCUGGCGAUGAUGGAUACGGAGACCUGGAAACUGCGGCCAAGGACUUUGUUCGUCGUUUUGGCAUGACAGCAGGAGACGAUCUCGAGAACCUUACACAACUCGUCGGAGACAGUGCCGUCAAACUGCAAGGCGCCAUACGUAACUACAUGAACAGCUAAACUGAUGCACCCAACCUAUCAAUACCGCGGCAACCUUUUUAAAUUUCCACCUUCGGACACCGUUACUUUGCCAUGAUUAGCCAGUUCAUUGCCUAUCACUUUGGCGGCGUUCUUAUCCCUAUCCCUUUAGAAAGAUAUCCUCGCGAACACAACCUCGGCCCAAUUUCAAUCCUGCCGACUGCGAGUACUCUGGCCGGGAAAGCGUUCGGCUUUCUACAGGCCGAGUUACGGAGCGGGGAGGUCGGCUUCUCUCUUGUUAAUUGCUUGUGAUUCUGAGUUAUUCGAACAUCUUUUAAAUUGGCAUCUUCAUUGAAUAUCAUCUUUGAUUUGCUAUGGUUACUGUAUAUCCUCUUUUUUGUUUCUUAGGUAGUGCUAGG